UAGCAGACAACGGAAGUCCGGUGUGUAACGGCGGCCAGCGACUGAGUCGAUCAUGUCGGAUCUGGACACCGUGAUUGUGACCUUUCAGACCCAGCUCUCUGAUGUGAUGGAGGCUGUGGUGAAGACGGCGAUGUUUGAGGUCACCAGGCUGGUGGAGGACGUUCUCCUGGUGGAGGUGAGGCGCGGUAAGCAGGAGGUGGAGUCCCUGAGGCUGCAGCUGCAGAGGACCAGCUGCGAUGGAGGACAGACCAGAUGUGCUGGCUGUGCGAGGCUACACUCAGAUCAGAGUACAGACACUACUGAAGUGGGGCCCCCAAACCUCCAGGAUGACAUGAGGAGGUGUGAUGUGGAGAAUCCAAGUCAGAUGUCAAACCACAAACAAAGCAAAGUAGCAUCACCAAACCAUCCACCAGCCAUUCAGAGCUCCCACAGAGAAUCACAGACAAGUGAAGAAGAGGAUCUGAUCCCAAGCAUGGACAUGAAAGAAGAAGUACAGAUGCUAUCGUGUUCUUCUCUGCAUCUGAAAAGGUGGAGUAAUACUCUGGAUGAGGAUCAGACAGAAAUGCUCAUGACUACAGACCAGCCUAACGUUUCAGCUUUUGAACUGGACUCCAGUUGGGCUGGUCUGCCUGCUGCAGCAGCUGGACUUCUGCAGAAUCACAGACUCAGUUCUGAAAAGGAAUCGGAUCCAGUGAAGGCUAAAGGUUUUGGAAAGCAGGCAGAACAUGUGCGUGCUGACUCCGUCAGAGCCGAAGCUCAGUUCAACCCAAACAGAGAUCGGCUUUCGUCCUCAGGAUCCCCUCAAGCCAGAUUGCAACCCAGCAACGCACUGGGCGUGACCGUCAAAGAGGAAGUUACCGAUUCGCAUGGAUGUAAGGAGAGCGGGCACGCCGAGGAGGCAAUUCAAGAAGCUGGAGCGCCGUCUUUCAGCUGUUCAGCACAGCAACGCAGCGGGAACUCUGAAGUCCAACAAACAAACCACAUUUACCAUAAAACCUCCAUGCAGGAGGUCAUGAAGCUGCAUUCUAAUAAGAGUAAGGUUCUCAGAUUACAGGCAGCGAUGCAACAUCUGCACCGGCCGCUGAAAAAGCCGCCCCAAACACUCCCAAGUAGCCCCACAGCAGCACUGUCUACAGCCCACGCUCAGGUUGUAAAUGUAAAUCUGAACCGGACUUCCUCUUCAAAUAAAACAGUUGCUGCUCCCCCUCUGUCAGUGCACCGUGUCCACCCCGGUGGCAAACACACUUCAAGUCUGAUUCGAACUGGUGUCUCGUGGGCGGGCAUGAAACCCCACCAUCAGUCUGCUAACUGUGACAACCCCAACGUUUCCCAGCCCAGCUCUCAGCUCUACACCGGCUCCAGGCAGCUCCUGCGCUGCGGGCAGUGCGGCAAGUGCUUCCCCCACCCCAGCAACCUGAGAGCCCACCUGCAGACGCACACGGGCGAGCGGCCGUUCUGCUGUUCGCUCUGCGGUCGCAGCUUCACCAAGCUGAGCAACCUGAAAGCCCACCGCCGCGUCCACACAGGAGAGAGACCGUACUGCUGUUUGGCCUGCGGCAAACGCUUCACCCAAAAAUGCAACUUAAAACGCCACCAGAGGAUCCAUCUGGACAUGUGACGAUCGUGAAGAGGAAAACUAAGACAAACUGCUGCAGAG